AUGCCGGGCAACAUGGCCGGCCGGAGUAUGCAGUCGCCUGCUUUAAACAACGGCUCGCAAAUGUCGCUUAUACGCACACAGUCCGAGAGAAGCGUUUCGACAACGGCCACAGUCAAAGAGGGCAUGGUCAAGGUCAAGGAUGCAUCCUGGGUCAAAGCUUUGAUCUGGACCGACCGGUGGCUGGUACUGCGCGAAUUCGAGCUGAACUUCUUCAAGAGCCCUAAUGCCUCCAAAGCAUCAAACACGAUUCAACUGCGAGACAUCCUCGGCGUGGAGCGAUCAGACACGCAGCCGUUGUCCUUUGAAAUCACCAAGGCUGCCAACACCAGCAAGGGCUCGUCCCCACCCCGCGAUGGCCCUACCAAGAUCAUUACAUGCAAGGUCGAGACUGACGAUGACGUCUACUCGUGGAUCGACAGCAUCUACCAGCGCUGUCCCAGCAUGGGCGGUGUCAGCAACCCCACCAACUUCACCCACAGAGUGCACGUAGGCUUCGACCCUAACAGCGGAGCGUUCGUUGGUCUGCCGGUAGAAUGGGAGAAGCUUCUCACCGCAUCCGCCCUAACUAAAGACGACUACGCGAAGAACCCCAAGGCUGUUCUGGAAGUUUUGGAGUUCUACACUGAAAAGCUUGUCAAGCGCUCCGAGGACCCUCAGCAAUACCCGAGUCUCACUCCGACCCCGCCAACAAAUGCUGGAAUGGAGAAGCAGCUUGGAUACGGUGGCAGCGGCAAUUCUGUUGCGCCUCCGCGCCCUGCACCACCUGGCAAUUAUCAGCGAAAAGACAGCUACAGUCAAGGCUAUGGCGGUCAACAAAACUCGGCUUCGCAGCAACAAAACCGCUACGAACAAAACCGCUACGAACAGGAUCGCUACGAACAAGAUCGCUACGAACAGGAUAGGAGGAGGCAAGAGGACCAGGUCAGGGCACAGCGCGAACGCGAACUCCAGAAGCAGAGGGAGGCGUACGAGCGCGAGCAACGCGAGGUGGAUGAAGACUACAAUAGGCAACUUGCGGAUUUAAAGAGGGUCCCUGCGGUACAACAAGACAUUGGCGGAGGCGGCAUUUCGCGAGAUCAGAGCCCGUCAGGCCAGAGGUACCAACCCAACCGCGCUGCGCCAUCCACUCCCGGUGCAAGAGGACCACAGCAGCAGCCCCCGCGGCAGCCAGUCGCACAGCGUCAAGCGCCUCCAGCACCUCAGCAACAGAACGGUGGCUACAGCACAUCUCCUUCCAAAGCGCAGUCAACUCAGCAGCGACCGCCCAUGGCCUCGAAGAAUUCGAGUGGCCAGGUUCCCAGGGUUGCCAAUGGUCAAACCCAACAGCAAAAGCAAUACCAGCCAGGUGCUGCACCCAAGCCGUUGAACGUUGCUAAGCCCCAGAAUGCUCCUGUCAGUGAUGCAGUGAAGAAGGCCGAGCAGGCCCUUACUGCUAAGCCCAAGGAGGAGCCAGCGCGGAAGGAUGUGCGCAUGUCCAGCAUGUCCGAAGGCGAGGUCAUGGCGAAGCUCCGGGAGGUCGUAUCCAAAGAACGGCCACUGGACUCGUACAACAAGCAAAAGAAGAUUGGCCAAGGUGCUAGCGGUUCCGUGUAUGUUGCUCGCAUCCGUGAAGGUGCCACUUCGCCCAUGGCCCGAAGGGUUAUGCAAGAAAAUGGCCCACGUGCACAGGUCGCUAUCAAGCAAAUGGAUCUCCGCAACCAGCCACGCAAAGAACUUAUCGUAAACGAAAUUAUCGUCAUGAAGGACAGCAAACACCCCAACAUCGUCAACUUCUUGGACGCGUUCUUGCAAGAGGAGCAGUCCGAGCUUUGGGUCGUCAUGGAGUUCAUGGAGGGAGGUGCUUUGACCGACAUCAUUGACAACAACCCUUCCAUUAGCGAAGACCAGAUCGCGACGAUUUGCUUCGAGACCUGCAAGGGACUUGAGUACCUUCAUAACUUGAACAUCAUCCACCGAGACAUCAAGAGUGACAAUGUCUUGCUCGAUGGCCGUGGCAAUGUCAAGAUUACCGACUUUGGUUUCAGUGCGAAACUUACUGAGCAGCGCAGCAAGCGUGCAACUAUGGUCGGAACUCCAUACUGGAUGGCCCCUGAAGUCGUCAAGCAAAAAGAGUAUGGCAACAAGGUCGAUAUCUGGUCUUUGGGUAUCAUGGCCAUUGAGAUGAUCGAGUCUGAACCACCGUACCUGAAUGAGGAACCGCUCAAGGCUUUGUAUCUCAUUGCCACCAAUGGUACUCCUCGUCUCAAGAAGCCAGACAAGCUCUCGAAAGAGCUCAAGGCCUUCUUGUCGGUCUGCCUUUGCGUCGACGUAAAGUCCCGAGCAAGUGCCGGAGAGCUCAUCAGCCACGACUUCCUCAAGAGCGGAUGCAGCCUGGCGAGCCUAUCUCAGUUGCUCAACUUCAGGAAGAACGGCGGCCACUAA